UGAAUAAAAUUUUAUAUGACAACGUCUUACCAUCAGAUGUAAUGUGUAUUUUGUCAAACAUUUAUUUUGUGAAAUCAUUGAACGUACCAUAAUGAUAUAAUCGUAACAAAAAUAAUAGAAUGAUUUGUAACCAUUGUAUAAAGUUUGUAACCGUAAUAAAAACAACUCCAUAUAAUUAGAGAAAGUGCAGUACAAUUGGUGGAUCCUGCAAUGUAUAACACCAAAUGUCAGUCAAUAUUUCGCAACUUCUUACCGACGCAUUUUCUCAACAAUGUUAGUACUGUGCAGUAUAUUUGUACAAGUUCUCCGUGGAGAAGCGCCAACUAUUAUGAAGCACUUGGAAUAACACAAAGCUCUACACAGAAUGAAAUCAAGUCAGCAUAUUAUAAGCUUUCCAUGCAAUAUCAUCCAGACAAAAAUAAAGGAUGUGAAAUAUCUGCAAAAAAAUUUCGUGAGAUUUCCCAGGCCUAUGAAGUACUUGGCAACUAUCGACUUAGAAGGUUAUAUGACAAAGGUGUUAUACACACAGCGGGAGCUACGUAUGCACGACCAACUGAAUAUGAGACGGAGGUUGAAGAUGACCCAGAAACGAAGUUCUACAAAUCCCGGUUUAAAAAAUCACAAGUUGCCGAUGAAAUGGGACGAACCCCUAUAUAUGAUUUUGAUGAAUGGUCUCGCGCACACUACGGAAAAUCUUUCCAAAGGCGAAAAGAAGCUAAAGAGCGAUUUGAUCGAAAACAAGCGCAGCGCCGUGAUCAUGUAUUAGCUUUACAAAACGAAAUGGUACUAUUCGGUUUUGUUUUCAUAGUGGUGGCAAUGUAUGCAAUAUUCUACACUGAGUCCUCACUAGAUGCACCAAAAGAGCGGGCCAUUCGAAACACUUCGGAGAGAAGAAUAGAAAAUGAUAAAAUAACAACAAGAUCGCCUCCGGCCGAAACGUAAUUGUGAUAAAGAAGGACAUAGGUGACAGUGUUAAUUUUUUUAUUAUUUUUAUUAUAAUAAAUGAAGAAUUGUAAAGAAAGGGUUUGCUAAGUUAGACGAAUUUUAAGAUAAA